CAAUAAGAAAGUUAUUAGUGUUAUUAGCCUUUUUGAAAUUGUAACAACGUAUACUGUAUAUACCGUACAGUAUGCUGCAGUAUGCUGUUAGCUUAUUCGAAGAUGAAAUGUCUUUUCGGAAACACUCGCUUUCUUUUUGAAUUUUAACAAAUUAUACUGUAUAUACUGUACAGUGUGCUGUUAGCUUAUUUAAAGAUUAAAAGUCUUUUCGGAAACACUCUCAUUUGCUGUUUUAGAAAGAACGUGGUACUUGAACAAGAAGAAAGCUGCGGCCAUUUUAACAAAUUUGGUAGUUUUACAUUUUAAAAGUUUGAAGAUAUAAUAAUACUAUGCGCUGAUGUAGCUGAAGGCUAGGGCAAGUCAUACCUAUUGAUUGAAGAUAGUUUACUGUGAACUCAUGUGAUCCAAGGUCCAGUUAAUUUAAUACUACAUGUAUUGUUUGAAGAGCUAAUAACUACUGUGUACUGAUGUCAUGUGUUUCAAGGCCACGUUAAGUUGUUAUUACAUUUGUAUUGUUUGAAGAUAUAAUAAUACUAUGCGCUGAUGUAGCUGAAGGCUAGGGCAAGUCAUACCUAUUGAUUGAAGAUAGUUUACUGUGAACUCAUGUGAUCCAAGGUCCAGUUAAUUUAAUACUACAUGUAUUGUUUGAAGAGCUAAUAACUACUGUGUACUGAUGUCAUGUGUUUCAAGGCCACGUUAAGUUGUUAUUACAUUUGUAUUGAUUGAAGAUAGUUUACUGUGAACUCAUGUGAUCCAAGGUCCAGUUAACUUAAUACUACAUGUAUUGUACGAAGAUUUAUAACCAAGUACUGAUGUAAUUAAAGGUCCAUUCAAUUUAUAUUAUGUCUCAUAUAAAGAAAAGAAAGGUGCCAUGCACUUUUGUAGUCCAUCAAAAUGGGAAAAAGAAAACAAUAACUAAGUCAUACAAACCUUUAUCAUCAAUUGAUAAAACUGCUGGUGCCAAAAAUGAUAAAGAUGAAACUAUAAAUGCACAGGUGAUGAACAAUGAACCAGAAAGAAAUGGGGAUGUACAGCUGAACAAUGAGCAUGAAACACCUUUUACAGUUGACCCUAAAAAUAAAUAUGCUAAAGCCAAGUUCCAACGUUUAAACCAUUGGUCAGAAUUAUGCAAGAAGCUGGUGUCUGCAGCAAAAGAAAAAGAAGCAGUAUUCGAUUUUAAAUGCCAGGAUUGUGGAAUUGAAAACCUUGAUCUCUACCGAUGCAUAGAUUGUAUAUCUUGGCCAGUUAUAUGUGAAAGUUGUCUGGAAAUUAGGCAUCAAUUUCCACAUUUACAUGUUUUUGAGAAAUGGAUGCAUGGGGCAUUUAUAGGCUAUGCACCUCCAACUAAGCCUUGGAAGAGAAGACAACAUGACAUGUGUACAACUGACUACAUGAAAGAAAUAGUAGUUAUCGAUGAUAAAGGUAGACAACAUCUUAGAACAAUUCAAUUUUGUUCUUGUGAGGAGGAAGCAAUUACCUUGUUGUCAUACAAUCUGUGGCCUGCCUCACCAAAAACACCUCAUUUAGCCUUCCACAUUGAUUUACUUCGCUGGUUAAAUGGUUUAUUGCUCGAGUGCCAUGUAUCCGUGAAGGGGUUUUGUGAAGCUUUAAAAGCUAGACAACCAAAGUUGUACAAGAUGUUGGUCACAAAAGAGGGAAAAGAAAUUUAUAAGAGUUUAAUGGCAGAAACAAUUCACCAAUUUCGUCAGUUUGUAUACCAAAUGGACUAUUUAACCAAUAAUUUUCCAGAUCUAGAUGAUGGUUGUACCUGUCCAGCUUGUUUUGAGACAGAAACCAGUAUCUUUUGUUUUGAUGCAGACUUUCAGUUGGUUCGGAAAUCUUCAUCUGGUAACCACUGGCUUGAACCAAAACACAAAGAUAAUUUUUUCGUUCAACAGGAAUUGGUAGAUGAUUUCAUAAAGAAAUAUGACACUCCAAAAAUAGAAAAGGAAUGUAGCGAUUUCCAAGCAGGAAAUGACUUAAGAUCCAAAGCAAAAAACAAGAAAUUGUCGGAAACAGCAGUGUUUGGAGCUACCUGUAGACACGAUUACCCUCAGAAGUUUUUUAGUUUAAAACAUGGUGAAAAACUGGGAUAUGCUGUUUUUCUGAUAGAACUGCUUUUAAGUGCAAACAAAGACAAACACCUGCACAUCUCGUAUGACAUUGCAUGUUUGUUAAAAAGACAUCUAGAGAAAGCAGGGCGAAACGACAUUUUAGAAAAAAUUACAUUUUCUAUACCAAUUUUCCACUGCUAUGGACACAGUAUUUCAUGUCAAAUUUUGUAUGGACCUAGGAGGACAGAAAAUCAUGGUCUUACAGACGGCGAAGGUAUCGAAAGGUUAUGGUCUUAUUUGGGUGGAUUUUCUUCUAUCACAAAAGAGAUGACGCCUGAAAAUAGAACAGACCUGUUGACAGAUGGCCUUAUUUACUUCGGUCAGAAAAUCAGAGAUAAAUUAGGUUACACAUUGGUUAUGAAAUUCAAAAGAUCAAAGAAAAUUGAGGAAAACAGUGAUGUGGCCAUGAAGGAGAUUGUAUCAACUGUUCAUGACAAGGUUAUUGGAAAUGAUAAGAUUAUCCAAUGGAUUGAAGAGGAAAAGUCUUCAGUGCUACACACUCAAAACAAUGAUGCAACAAUUAAACUGAACAAGACAGAUGAAUAUAUUCUCAGUCUUCAAAGAUAUUACAGAAUUGGAUAUGAACAACUAGAUGACAAGUUCAAGGAAGAAAAAGAGAGACUAGAGAAAACCUUAUCAACAUUUGAAAAAAAGAACAAGACCUCUAGAUUGCAUCAAACUGACGAAAACUAUAAGAAGGAUGUAAAGAUUGUGAAAGAAAAACAAAAAAAAUUACAACUUGUAACCCUGAAGAAACAUGUUUCAGAGAGGCACUAUUUACUACGGUUAUUGCGCAAAUAUUCAAAAGGACAGGCUGUUUUCAUUAAACUGUCAAAACAGUUAAAGUGCAUAUCAAAAAAAAUUCACAAAUCCAUUGCAGCUUACAACAUGAUUGGGGAUUCCUCUGAAGGUUUACCAGAGCAGAUCACUUUUGAUACUGUCAAGGACAUUGACAGUGAAAUUUAUAAAUGCAUGGUAGAUUUGGAGGUUGUGUCAGAUAUUCCAAACACAAUAAAACAGGAAAUUAUUCAACUGAAAUGCCUCAUUGAUCGAGCCAUCGAAGAACAAACUUUGCUCAAGCAAGAAAUGAGGUCUGUCACUAAUUGGUACAAACAUCAGUACAAUAUUGUGAAAGUAAAACUAGGGGAACAUCGAACUGCAGGAGAAACUGCAUUCUUAAUAAAAGAAGGAAUGUACUAUGAAAUGGUUAUUAUAAGAUUAAACAGGCAGUUUUCAGAGUACAUUGGGGAAGUGUCUGUUGAAUCUCAGUUAACUGAUAGCAUAUUGACUGAUGAUCAUGAAAGGAUGCAACAAAUGUUGAAAGAAAUGGCUAUAAAGGAGGAGAUAUCAGUUGAGGACAUUGAAAGUGAUGAUGAGGAAGAGAGUAGUGAUGAAGAAGACAUGGAGGACCUCUAAAACUGUCUUUCUCUUAGCGUUCCUUCUGGGCAUACUUUUUUGGAUAUUAUAAUAAAAUUACUGUGAUUUUCUUAUUUUCAAUGUAUUUAAACAAAAAACAGCUUUAAACAAUAAGAAAAUACAAAAUUUAACAGAGGUAAAUGUGCUUGCAAAGUAUGUCGGAUGAUUCCUCAUCAAAUCAUCACUCUUUAAUGAGAAUUUCAACUUUUUAAUCUAAUUUAAAAAUGGUUAUUUAAUAUCCAAAACAUUGGAAUUCAUCUUUUAUGAUUAUAUAAAAUUUCAUUCUGGAAUCGAUAUCUACAGAAGUAUUUCUAAAAACAACUGUCUAUCUAAAAUAUUUAGUAGUAUCCUGAAUAAUAGGCUAAAAACGUUUAUGUAAGUCGGUGUUUGGUCUAUCAGUUUUGUUUCAGGAAAAAACAAAUAAUAUUCAACACUUUUUUUUUAUUUUGAAAGCUUUGAUUAAUAAAUAUUUGCAUAAAAAAUAUCAAAAAAUAUAUGCAUGUUCUGUGGACUUAUAAUUUAUUCUAGGCUACAUACUAAAGUUAUUAUUUGGCUAUUAAAAGGAAUUGUUUGAAAUCUUUAAGAUGUUAGAUGCACAGAAUGUAUAUUCAUGGUAUAUAUAUUUCAAAGAUAUUAUGAUUCUGAAAAUUAAUUGUCAUGCAAAACUAUAAAGGAAAUUGAAUCUAUAGAAAUGUUAUUAAAGCAAGAAUUUCUAAAUAUUAUAAUAUGAUAUAGAAGAUGAAUUUCAUUUCUUUUUCCAAAAGAAAUAAAAAUGAAAAAAAAGUUACUUCUCUGAAAUUAUUUCUAAAAAAGCUGACUUUAUGAGUUGUACUUACAAAAAAAAGUUACAAUACAUACUCAAGCCCUCAAAUUACAAAAUUUAGGUUCCUUUUCUAAAUCAUCAAUGGAACUGAGGACAAGUGACUCUUGAUAAACUUAUUGUUAUAAGAUUUGUUGUUUGUUGUAUAUUAUGCUGUAAUUUGCAUUUUGUUUGUAACACAGCAAUAAAGAAGCUGAGUUUUUUAUACUAUACAACAACAAAGAUUAACUAAUAAUCUUAACAGUUUCAAAACAUUGUAUUGGAAAUAAAGGUUUUUGCUUAAGAUGGAGUGAAUGUGUCAGGAGCAAAAUUGAGAACUACAAAAAUUGGAUCUCAGAAGUUCAUCAACUGAUUGGUAUAAUAUUUGUUGUAUACAUGUUGUAACUUGCAUUUUGUUUUACCACAAGCUGAAUUUUAUAUUCUUAACUGCAAUACAUAUUAAUUAAUGAAAAUAAGAGUUUAAGGCUAUUGUAUUGAAAAAUUACUUUUGUUAAAGAGAGACAGAGAGAAACUGUAAGCAACGAAAUUGUUUCUUAUUGGAUGCAUAAUAAUUUUUUAUUCAAUGAGCCUUUAUGUAAACCCCAAAAAAAAACACUGUAUACAUAAAUUAAAUGUACAAUUUCUUUAAUAAAUAUAUUUACUUGCAUCAUA